AUGUAUAGUACAUAUAUGCCUGUGAUCGAUCAUCAUGGUAUUUAUAGUAAAAAACGAAUGAAUAUACAACCGUUGUUACCAAUUCCUGUUAGUUAUGCAACAGCAGCUAUACCAACAUACGCACCGUUUGGUACUGAAUAUACACCUGAUCAAAAAGUGAAAAUAGUCGGUGGUCGUCAAAUAACAAUGUCUGAUUCGAAUGCUCAUAAUUUUAACUAUACAAAUGGAUCAUUAACAAAACAGUUUGAUCCAGAUUUAGCACCAACAAAAUCUAUUCAACAUGUUCAUGCAAUCGAUCAAGCUCAAUGGCCACAACAAAAUAGACAAAGAUUUGAUACAACUUAUCGUACUGAAUAUAUCAAUCGUAUUCGACAUCCAAAUGAAGCUGCACGACCAGUUCGACAACAAAAAAGUUCACUGAAUAAUUUCUUUGUAUUACCACCAAUUGCUUCACAAACAACUAGAACAGAUGGUCAACAACAACAACCAUAUGUAGAUCAAGAAGUACCAAGUAAUCAAAUGAUGUCUAAUGGUAUACCACCAAUAAAUUUUUAUGGACAACAACAAGGAAUGAUGAAUAACGGAGAUACAUAUUUACCUGAAGAACCUGUUUUAUUAACUGAUUAUGAAGAACAACGUUUAAGUGAACAAAUUCGUACACAAUUAGGAAAUCCAACAAUUAUUGAUAGAUUAAAAUUAUUUUAUGAAGAAUUAGCUAAAUAUGACCCAAAUGUAACAAACUUUGUGCAUUAUUCAAAUAUUCAAUUAGUUGCUUCACAACUUGGAUUAAAUCUUGAUGAAGAUACAUUGCGGUUUGCUAUGUGUAAGUUUGUUUCACCUAAUCAAGGACGUGGUUAUGUUAAUUAUGAGGAUUUGAUUCGAUAUUUUGGCAAAUGUCUAUCAGCUAUAUAUCCGAAUCAAUAUGGUUUACAACAAAAUUUAAAUACAACAAAUACGAAUGGUUUUUAUAAUCAACCGCUUAAUCAACAAAAUCCGUAUCAAACAGGAAUGAGAGUUGAUAAUAAGGAUGAUGGUAGUUUUGACCCUGAUGAACGACAAAUUCGCAAUUUAUUAAAACAAAAUAUAAAAAAUAUUGAGUAUAAUGGUCAAAUUGAUUUUAAUAAAUUAUAUAAUGAAUUACGUAUUGCUGAUCGAAGUCAAACUGGUGUUUUAAAUCAACAUCAAAUUGAAGAAGUUGUUUAUAAAGUUCGUAUACCAUUACAACGUUCAUUGAUAUUUCAAAUACUUGAAAAACAUUGCAAAGCUUACGCAAAAUUAUAUAAAUGGGAUGCUUUUGUUCAAUAUUUACAACAACAAAUUGCUGAUAUGAAUAAUGUGCAACCAGAUCAAUCAAAUCCAAUGUAUACACAAAAUAAUAAUAAUAAUAAUAAUAAUUCAACUCGUAAUCAAUUGCUUGAACAACUUCGAAGAGAAUACAAAGAAAAAGAUCGUAUACAAAUUAUUGAAAAUUAUGCUAUAGAUAAUAAUGUAUCACGAUUAGAUCCUAAUAAUCCAACAGCAUGGUUUUCACGUUUUCUACGUUUUGCUAAUGCUAUGUAUGGUCAUCGUACUAGUACAGUUAGAGAACAAGAAUAUGUAUUACCUCGACAAGAAGCACUUCGACAUUUCCGUGCUUAUAAUCAUGUAUAUGAUUUAAAAAUCGAAGAAGAUAAAUUACAACGAGUACUUGAUUCAUGUGCUAGAAAUGCAAAUAUUUCUAUCGAUGAUUCACUUAAACAGUUUGCUAAAUGA